GUGGGUUGCCCAGUUUUGGCUCUAGAAGUGCUCUCUAAAAUUCCCAAAGUCAGUAAGAAGGUGGGCUCGUCACCUGUCAGGACAGCUUCGUCGAAGGCCAACCAGCCGUUAGAGAACGGCACCCAGGGAGGCCUCGACUGGGACGUCCCGCCAACAAACACCCAGGCCUGGGGAGGAAACCACAGCGGGGGGAUGGACUGGAGCCAGCCGGUGGUCCAGGUGGAGGAAGACGAGCUGAAACUUGACUGGGGAGACGAUAAGGACGAUGAUGAUGAGGAGGAGGAGGAUGGUGAAGGUUUGACCAUGAAGAAACCAGAGCAGGAGAGCAAAGCAGACCUGAAGGAUGGUGUCUCCAAACUGCAGAGAGACGACUCACAGGGUGACUCAGAGGUGGACGUGAUCGCAGAGCAGCUGAAGUUCCGUGCCUGUCUGAAGAUCCUGAUGACGGAGCUGCGGACGCUGGCGACGGGCUUCGAAGUGGACGGAGGGAAGCUGAGGUUCCAGCUCUACAGCUGGCUGGAGAAGGAGAUCGCUGCCAUGCACAAGAUCUGUAACUACAAGGUGGAAGGAAAGGAGGAGGAGUCAGAGGUGGAGCGAGGCCGGACGGCUUCUAUAGACAUAUCGGACGAGGCACUGGAGUGUUCUGAGGCCGGAGCGUACGAGCGCCAUCAGAUGGAGCGACGGCGUCUGCAGGCCAAGCAGCAGCACUCAGAGAGACGUAAGGCCUGGCUGAGGAAGAACCAGGCCCUGCUGAGGGUCUUCCUGUCCUACUGCAGCCUUCAUGGAGCCAAAGGAGGGGGGGUGACGUCUGUCCGCAUGGAGCUGCUCUUCCUCCUGCAGGAGAGCCAGCAGGAGACAACGGUGAAGCAGCUGCAGUCUCCUCUUCCUCUGCCCACCACGCUGCCCCUGCUGUCAGCCUGCAUCGCCCCCACCAAGACGGUCAUCGCCAACCCUGUCCUCCACCUCAGCAACCACAUCCAGGACAUCCUCUACACCAUCACCAGCAUGGAGACACCGCCGCACCCUGAUGUCAUAGAUGACCGGGUAAAUGCCCUGCACACACUGGCAGCCUCUCUGUCUGCGUGUGUCUAUCAGGCACUGUGUGACAGCCACAGUUACAGCAGUCAGACGGAGGCCAACCAGUUUACAGGCAUGGUGUACCAGGGCCUGCUGCUCAGUGAGAGGAAGAGACUGAGGACAGAAAGCAUCGAGGAACAUGUGACUCCUAACUCUGCUCCUGCUCAGUGGCCAGGUGUGUCGUCCCUGAUCUCCCUCCUGACGUCUGCCAGGGAGGAGGACCAGCCACGCCUCAGCGUGCUUCUGUGUGAGGCCGUGGUGGCCGUCUAUCUCUCGCUGCUCAUCCACGGCCUGGGCACGCACAACAGCAACGAGCUCUUCCGCCUGGCAGCGCACCCCCUCAAUAAUCGCAUGUGGGCUGCCGUGUUUGGAGGCGGAGCUAAAGUCGUCAUCAAACCAAAGAGACCUGAGCUCCUACCAGCCACGCCCCCCCAGCCUCCAGCAGAAGACGUGGACCGGUACAGACGCAGGUUCAACAUGAGGAUGCUGGUCACCAGGCAGUCUGUGAAGGAGACCCCCGCCACCCCACCCCCCGUGCCCACAGAGAGACCCACCUACAAGGAGAAGUUCAUCCCUCCUGAGCUCAGCAUGUGGGAUUACUUCGUAGCUAAACCCUUCCUGCCACUGUCCGACAGCAACGCCUUGUACGACUCAGACGAAAGUGGAGCUGAGGAUGAUGAAGAUGACGACGCCUUCCUCUCUGACACACAGAUGACAGAGCAUUCUGACCCCAACUCCUACAGCUGGGCUUUGAUCCGCCUGGUCAUGGUGAAACUGGCUCACCACAACGUGAAGAACUUCAUCCCCCUCACGGGUCUGGACUUCACAGACCUUCCAGUCACGUCUCCUCUCAGCAACGCUGUGGUUAAGACUUUAGAGAACUGGGAGCAGCUUCUGCUGGAGCGCAUGAACAAGUUCGACGGUCCGCCUCCGAACUACAUCAACACUUACCCCAGUGACCUGAGCACAGGAGCUGGACCCGCCAUCCUGAGGCACAAGGCCAUGCUGGAGCCAGACAACACGCCGUUCAAGACAAAGAACCUUCAGUCCUUCCCGGUUCGACGUCUUUGGCAUUUUAUGGUCAAACAGGAAGUUCUUCAGGAAACGUUGAUCCGUUACAUCUUUACUAAGAAAAGGAAGCAGAGUGAGUCUUUAGAAAACCAUGUGGACCGUGUAAACCCAGACUGCAUAGCCGGAGCUAGCAGUCCCUAUAAGGUAGUACCGUUUUCUGUGGCGGCCCAGGCCCGGGUUCUGUCUGUCCUGCUGCUGCAGAGAAUCCCUGCAGCGCCAAGCUUGAAGGAGCACAUGCAGGAAAUGUUCAGAAAAGUAGUGUGCGACUUUGGUUGGCAGGUGGAGGCAGAUCUGGGCUAUCCUGGAGGAAAGGCUAAAAUCAUCCACAAAGAGUCUGAUAUAAUUAUGGCUUUUGCCAUCAAUAAGGCCAACUCCAACGAGAUCGUGUUAGCCUCCACCCACGACGUCCAGGAGGUGGAUGUGUCCACGUUAGUGGCCGUCCAGCCCUACACCUGGAUCGGAGAAGACUUUGAUAAGGAGUCCCGAAGCUCCGACGACAUCGACCCUCGUUCCUCUCACACCAACAUCGCCCAGGCCAGCUCGGUCUCCUUCGCCCCUCCACCCAUGGCGGUCUCUGCGUCCAUGCCGUGGCUCGGGAGCGGGCAGACCAGCAUGGGGGCCAGCGUGAUUAUGAAGAGGAACCUAAAUAAUGUGAAGAGGAUGACGUCUCAUCCUAUAUAUCAGUAUUACAUGACGGGCGCUCAGGACGGCAGUGUGAGAAUGUUUGAGUGGAACAGACCUCAGCAGCUCAUCUGCUUCAGACAAGCAGGAAACGCUCGAGUCACCCGACUUUACUUUAACUCCCAAGGCAAUAAGUGUGGAGUUGCUGAUGGAGAAGGAUUCCUGAGUCUCUGGCAGGUCAACCAGACGUCCUCCAACCCCAAACCAUACCUGAGCUGGCAGUGUCACUCUAAGGCCUGCAGUGAUUUUGCCUUCAUCACGUCCUCCAGCCUGAUCGCCACAGCCGGACAGUCCAACGACAGCAGAAACGUCUGCAUGUGGGACACUCUGAUCUCUCCCAGCAACACCAUGGUCCACGCCUUCCCUUGCCAUGACAACGGCGCCACGGUGCUUCAGUACGCUCAGAAGCAGCAGCUGCUGAUCUCUGGAGGCAGGAAGGGCUUCGUGUGUGUGUUCGACAUCCGCCAGCGGCAGCUGCUGCACACCUUCCAGGCCCACGACUCUGCCAUCAAGGCCCUCGCUCUGGACCCCUUCGAGGACUUCUUCGUCACCGGCUCUGCAGAGGGCAACAUGAAGGUGUGGAAGUUAGCUGGCCACGGCCUCAUGCACUCGUUCAGCAACGAACACGCCAAGCAGUCCAUCUUCAGGAACAUCGGCGCCGGCGUGAUGAAGGUGGAGACUCUUCCCGGGAACCGGAUCUUCACCUGCGGAGCGGACGGCACCCUGAAGAUGAGGGUCCUCCCUGACCGCUACAAUAUUCCCAGCAGCUUAGUCGACAUCCUGUAAGCCCUGCUUCCCCCACACCCCCGGGGGUCCAAAGAGACAGAACCGCUCCUGAAAGGCUUCCUGCGUGUUUCUGACCAACAGGAAGUGAGCGUGACGCCUCCAGGAGUUUCCUGCUGCUGUACAUUAUYUCCAGAGUAACAAACGGAGCUGCAAACUCUUGAUUUCUUUUUUUGUUGUUGUUGUUCCCAAAGGCUACAGCUAACAGUAUCAUACUUGAUUUUCAAGCUAGAUUAAUUGUAAUUUAAUCAAAGAAGUCUCUAUUAUCCAUAGAGUGUGAUUCUAGGGAAGCUAUGCAUGUCCUGUUCUCGUUCCGCGGUGCAAUCACAGGUCUGUUGGUAGUGCUCCGUAAAAGUGCUCAAGCUAAAAAAAAAACAACAAAAGCUAAAAAAAAAGUGUGUAACUGUUGUCAUUUUGUGCCCACAGCUGAAACCUUUUAGCCUCUCCUGUACGCAGCGCUGUGGUUCGUUCUGAAGUCAGUGGUUUGUGAAUCGACCUGUCGGAUUCUGCAGUUUUAUUUUAGUGGUCUCACCCGCCCCCCACCUCCUGACCCGGUCCAGACCCCGCCCCCUGGUCUCAGUUUGACCCCGCCUGCCUGUUUGUGUGGCGAACAUGACGUGUUUUCCUCCCGUGAACGUGGUUUUAAUGUUUCAUCUGUCUUGUUCAAAGCUAAGCCCUCCUGAGCAGAAAGAUUCACUUCUGGGUUUUUGCACAAGAAAAAUGUUUGAUUAGUUUUUGUUUUUUUUAUUAUGUUGAUUUUAAUAUUUAAGGUGUUUAUGUGUUUUCCAUCCUCUUUAACUUAUUGCCUUUUUUAUUUUAGGAAUGUAAAAGGUUUGAGCGGGUCUGACUGGGAGCUGUAUGUAAGUGUUUACUUCACUCUCCUCACUUURACUCUUCAUCCUGUCAGGAAAUACAGAUUUGCACUCAGAUUCUGGAGACACUAAGCGUUUAUUUCAAAUCUGUGGUUAGAGAAGAAGAAACUGUUGUUUACACAUGAAUGUCUGGCCUCAUCUGGCCCAGUAGUAAAGCGUUUGAAAUAGUUUUACUAUAUAAAUGAUAUAAAUAUAAAUAUAUAUAUAUAAGAACUACAACAACAGCUUGUACAAACAUAUAAACAUUUAUUUUAUUUUUGGUUUGUAUCAUACCUGUUGGAUUAGUUGUAACUUUUGUUAGGUGUAUGUUUGGUAUUUAUUAUAAUUAUUAUUAUUAAUAAAGAGAUUUGUGUUUCUCCCUC